AUGACAAAAGGAGAUUUCAUUAGAUUGGAAGAUUCAAAUAGCGUUAGUAAUGGCAAUGAAAAUAAUAUUAACCAAUAUGAUAGUGAAUUUUCAGAAGAAGGUACAGCAUCCAUUGGAUCAAAUAGUGGUGCCAUUAUAAUGAAUCAAAGUAAAGAGGAUAUAAACAUGUCUGGAGAAAUUGAAGAAUUUAAUGAUGACAGUCAAAGUUUAAUUUCACCACCAAAAACUUCAAUAGAUAUUCAACAACAGCAACAACAAGAAGAACAACAAGAAGAAGAAGAAGAGGAAGAUUAUCAAAAUAUAAAAUCAUCUAAUAGAAGUAAUAAUAAUAAUAAUAAUAAUAGUAAUUAUAUACCGAAUAAUAAUAGUAAUAAUAAUAAUAUCAACUAUAAUAAUAAUAAUAUUAAUGUAAUUGGUAGUUAUAGCGAUGACAAUAAUGAAUAUGAUGAUGAUAAUAUAUAUGGUAAAAAUUUUAAAAAUAAACAUCAACAAUCAUUUAACGAAUUUACAUUAACAUUGGAUGAUAAUGGAGUUAAUGAAUUGAAUGAAAGUGAUUUUAUAACAUCGAUGGAUGAUAGUGGUUAUAUUGCCCCUUUCAGUCAAUAUAUUAAAAAGAACUAUAAUAAUAAUAUCUAUGAAAGAAUACUGGAACAAUGUGAAAAGAUUAAAAUUGAUGCUUCAAUGCAUAGAUCUGAAUUAAUCUUAACUUCAGCUUAUUUAUUUUGUUUUGUAGCUUUAGGUAUUAGUGUUGGUUCUUUAGGUCCAACAUUACAUAGUUUCACUUAUCAUUUACAUGCUUCAACUGAUCAAGUUGGUUAUUUUUUUUCUGCAAGAGGUCUUGGUUAUUUUAUAUUUUCAUUAGGUUGUAGAUUUUUAGAUAGGGUUAAAAAUAAUAAUUUAGUAAUUGCAGGUUGUGUUAUAUUAAUGUCAAUAUCAUUAUUAUUAAUACCAUUAAGUAAGAAUAUUUGGUUAACAGCAUUUUUAUUCAUGUUGGAGGGUGGAGGUGCAGGAUUAAUCGAUUCAAGUUUAAAUACAUUAAUAGUUUGGGUAUGGAAGGAAAAAGUUAACCCAUUCAUGCAACUUUUACAUUUUUCUUUUGGUCUUGGAGCUUUUGUUGCACCUUUAUUUGUUGCAGGAAUGUCUGAAAAUUCAUUAUUCACUCAAUAUUUCGUAUUAUCAAUGGUUAUGCUUUCAAGUUUUCUUACUGUUAUAUUUUUAAAACCUGCAAAACCACCAGUUGUAGAAGAUAUUGAAUUAAUACCUUCCACUGGUAAUAUUGAUGAUAAUAGUAAUAAUAAUAAUAAUAAUAACAGUUCAAAUAUUGUUGAUGAUGCAAUUACAAACACUAUAAAUGAUAAAAUUAAUGAAUCAACAGAUUUAAAGAUUAAUAAUAGUAAUAAUAAUGAUAUCAGUAGUUCAAAAACAGAAAAAAGAUUAAAAAUUGAAGUUAUAGCUGCAAUAGCUGUAUUCUUAUUUUUUUAUGUCGGUGGUGAAAGUGGUUUUGGUGGUUGGAUUUGUACAUUUAGUAUUGAAAAUUUAAAAUUUGAUGAAAAAACAGGAGCAUUAUUAAAUUCAAUGUUUUGGGGAAGUUUUACAGUUGGUAGAUUAGCAGGAGUUUUUAUAUCAUUGGUAAUGUCACCUCAAAAGAUGGUUAUUAUGGAUACAUUGGGUUGUUUCUUCUUUACACUUUUAAUGAUAUUUUUCCCAAAUUCAUCAGCUAUACUUUGGAUAUCAACUGCUGGAUUGGGUUUAAGUUUAGCAUCAAUUUUCCCAACUGCGUUCUCUCUCCCUCAAAAUUUAUCGAUACCAGUUACUGGUGAAUCAACAUCCUAUAUGGUUAUUGGUGCAGUGGCAGGAGAGAUCGUAAUUCCAUGGUUAAUUGGUAUAUGUCAACAAUAUAUUGGUAUGCAUGUAUUACCAUGGAUUGUGUUAUUUACAUUAUUAAUAUCUUUAAUAAUUUAUAUUUUAAUUAAUCUUCGUACCAUUUAUAUAAGAUCAAGAGGUCAAAAUAUUAAUUUCUCUUUUUCAAAUUCAAUCGCAUUAUUAAAUCAUGUGGUAAAUAAUAAUAAUAAUAAUAAAUAA